UUAGGAGAGAAAUCAUCUCGUGAUGAGCAGGUAGCUUGUGCCAUGUUGGCUACACAGCUGGAUAACUUCCUGGGUGGAGAUCCGGUCCAGCACAGGCAAGUUCAAGGCUACGAGUCCCCAGAGUUCAUGAACCUCUUCCCCCGAGGUGUCAGCUAUAAGGAGGGAGGUGUGGAGUCUGGCUUCAGAAAAUCACAGUCCGGAUCUGGACCCGUUCAGAGAUUAUACCAAAUCAAAGGGAAGCGUAACAUAAGAGCCAAAGAAGUGGAUUUGAGCUGGCAGAGCUUUAACAAAGGAGACUGCUUUAUACUUGACCUGGGCGAGACGAUUGUGUCAUGGAUAGGAUCUCAGGCAAACAUCUUUGAGAAGCAGAAGGUGAGGGAGAUCGCCACUCUGAUCAGAGACACAGACAGACACGGCAAAGCCCAGAUCACUAACAUCAAUGAGGGAGACGAGACACAGGAAAUGCUACAGGUACUUGGUGCAAUGCCAGAGCUGAAAGAAAGCACUCCAGAGGAGGACAGCCAAGCAGAUGCAUCCAAUUCUGCCUCCCUCUACAAGGUUUCAGAUGCAACUGGGUCGAUGAAGUUGACCAAGGUGUCAGAGAAAAGUCCAUUUGCCAAGGACUUGCUGGUACGUGAGGACUGCUUUAUCCUGGACAAUGGGGCCAAUGGAAAAAUCUUUGUUUGGAAAGGAAGUGGAGCCAAUGCAGAAGAGAAGAGGGCUGCUCUGAAAAUGGCAGAUGACUUCAUUCAGCAAAUGAAUUACCCCAAGAUGAAAACACAGGUGGAGAUUUUACCACAGGGCAGAGAGACCGUUAUCUUCAAACAGUUCUUCCAAAACUGGAAUUAAACCGCAUCUCACUGCAUGAUGAUCGGAGAAUAAACUGCACUCAACCAGCUGUCAAAAGACUGUCAUUUACUUCAAGUUGCUACAUUAUAAACAAAUGUACAGUUUUAUUAAAUAAGAUCAACUUUUAUUCAUGGAGGGUUGCAGCAAUAAUACAUAUGAGUGAGAGAGGCUUUACUAUUUGUCUGUUACCAUAUUUUUAUGAUUUUAAACGGUGUUUAUAUUGAUUAAAACAAAUUUUGAAUAACUUGUAAUUAUUUCCCCCUAAUUUUAUUUAGAAAUUAAAACUAUGUUGCAACCUUGAUAACCACAAAACCCAUACCACUUCUACUUAAAAACAGAAUAAUGCUACUAACCAUUUUUCAAGUCAACCCGCAAUUUCACAAGACUGCUUUUUUCUUUAUUUCUUCUUUUUUUUAACUCAUUUUGUGUAUGUAAUUGGAGCAUGGCAAUAAAAAGCAUAUGCAAAAA